AUGGCAGCGCAUGCAGUGGGGUUGAGACAGAUUAUUCACCUCCGUGGCGGCUUCAGAGCUUUAGAUCACAACCCCAUGGUCCAGUUCUCACUCGAUCGCGCUCUUGUAACCCAACAAUGGACAUCACUCUAUGAUAGCUCCAUAUGGAAAGAGCCCAUAUUUACAACCCAGCUCACCGACAUGAACUACCCACAUGAGAAGGUGUCCGUCAACGGCCUUGUAGACUCGAGAUUGGAGCUUGUAUUCCGCACACUUCAAAAGACAACGCUGUUAUUCAAUGAGCAUUUCUACAGCAACGAGCGGAUCGAGGGUAGAUUUGCACAGCAGUGUUUGGGGUUUGUGCACUCCCAGCUUUUGGAACUUGAUGGGUGUCUUACAGACGGAUUCUCUGAAACUCUUCGUUUGGGCAUGAUGGCCUUCUUGGCGACAACCUUUCGAAUUCCCGGUCUCGGAGUACAACGCGCAUAUAGGGGUACAUUCGAAAAACUCCAACUCUCAUUGUCUUCUGAUAAAGCUUGGACCGCUCAAACCCAUGAGAAGAUUAGUAUCUGGAUCAUAAUUGUCCGAAUUAUAUUUACUGAGAGCCGAGACACCCUCCAAGUACCUGCGUUGUGGAUAGAAACAGCCGUGCAUAAGCGUCCAUGGGAGGAGAUCCGCUGCGGCCUAAAGGAAGUUAUGUGGAUUGACUCAUUACAUGAUAAACCCGGAAAAAGAGCAUAUGAUAUCUUAGCCAAAGAAGGUUAG